AUGCAGCUUAGCCCUCUGCAAUCGCGACUGGCGGCCUCGCUGAUUGCGUCGCUGCUGCUCAUCGUUCUCUAUUAUCUUCUGUCUACGCCCACUUUCGCCCUCGCUGCGGAAUUGAGCGGCGCUACACAGCCAAUCCUUGACGACGUCCAAGUCGACGACAGUCUCGAGCAAAGAAGCAGUCUCGAGCCAACGUACGAGCCCGAAUUCACUGCCUUCGACCGCAGUAUCAUUGGAAGAGCACCUGCCGGUGUUACGGGUCUAACGAACAAUGUCAAAGUCAACCGCAAUGUCCCGGGGAACUCGACCCAGAGUUUUGUCUUUGAAGCUAUCACCAUCUUCGCCAACUUCUUCGAUGGGACAGAUGAGGCGUUCAUGGUAGGACCUCGCGAAGGCAGCAAUGAAUCCAUCUCACCGGAGCUAGUCAGCAUCGAAGGCGUCAAGCCAGAGGAUGAAGAGCGUGGCCUACGCCGCAGGCAAGCUCAGGGAAGGACCGUGUACAUCUCAGCAACCACGUGUAUACAGCCACAGCGCGCGGCGAACAACACAAAGGAGGAUGCGCCACAAAUCACGAUGUAUAUCUCGACGUCUCAGGACAAUCAGACACCUGGACCAGGGCAGAACUCUACUCUACAGAAGGAGGUCGCCUUUGUAGAAGGCGCGGCAACCUUUAGCGUCAAUGCGACAGGUGACGUCUUCAUUGGAAUAGGCGCACCCUCAAAGGAUACCGACAAAUUCACGGGAGACUGGAACUUUGAUGUCGCGGCGUCGACGGACGAUUUCUUCCACAGUUUUGACGGAAAUCCUUCUGAGCUUCUCUGGGUCGACAGUGACUCUAGCGCUGCACUCCUGACGACGCAGAACUUAACGACCUCCCAAAAUGAGACUUUGAUUCAGGAGAUCAUGGGGUCCGGGCUCCCGUUCAUUAUGUUCGUCGAAAACCGAGAGCAGCCCACAACUAAAGGUGUUAGACGCUCAAUGUGUGGAUUGGAGAACUACGCUCAAAUCGCUGCGAAGAAGGGUGGCAAAUUUGGCAACCUCGCCAGCACUCUUAUGACGACGAGAGGCGCCGGGAACCUGCCCAAGCAGCAAUUUUUCUUCAACGGGCUCAACGCGAGUGCUCUUUACUCGGGCAUCUUAGUCCGCACAAGCAAUUCAUCCUCGUCGAGAAAACGUCAAGACGGCGCUCAGAGUGGCGGCGGCGGAAAGGUUUUCGAAGCGACGCCCUUCGAGACCAAAGAUGGGGAGAAUUGCAAAAUCGUCACCGACCUGCAAUUUUGCAAUGAGACGGAAUACGCUGUGCCCGCGAACUCCAACAAGAUGAAUAUCACUCAGCUUGCGCAGUUCUACGACAACUAUGCUCGGGAUAUGUAUGCCAACUUCCAGAAACAGCUUGCCCAGGUAGCCUGCGAAGCGCCAGCAGUACAGCAGUACUCCCUCGCGCGAAACUGCUCCGAUUGUGAGACGGCAUACAAGAAGUGGCUCUGCUCGGUGACGAUUCCGAGAUGCGAGGAUUUCACGAGUCCUACCAACUUCUCCUUAGUCAGGAACGUGAACCAGACAUUCCCGAACGGAACUCUUCUACCAGUCGCCCAGCAAGAGUUGUAUCCCAACAGAGUCAAUCAGCAUUCGAGAAACCCCCUCAUCGACGAGAUGGUUGAGCCAGGCCCGUACAGGGAGAUUCUCCCUUGCGCCUACCUUUGCUAUGACUUGGUACAAAGUUGCCCGGCGUCGCUUGGUUUCAACUGUCCUACGCCAGAUGAUGACAUAUUCAACUCGAGCUACGCAGAACAGGGCGAUGGUCUGACCUGCAACUACCCAGGCGCCGUGCACAAUCCAUCUGAGUCCUCAUUGCUAUCAGUUUCAUGGGGUCUACUAUCGGCUCUCAUUCUUGGUACACUCAGUGCAGCCAUACUCUAG